AUGUGCUUUAUGGCUGUUUUUUGGAACGAAGUAUUAGAAAGGUUUCAUAUAGUUAAUAAAAAACUUCAAUCAGUUAAUAUUGAAUUAGGAAUGGUCGUUGAAUUAUAUGGAUCUUUAGAGCAGUAUAUAUCUAGAAUUAGAAAUAAUUUUGAAGAAUAUGAAAGAAAAGCUAUACAAAUAUGCGGUGAAAUACAGUAUAAAAAAGACAAGCGGAGAACUGUUAAAAGAAAACGUCAAUUCGACGAAACAAUGAAUGAAGUGAUAACAGAAACAGGCAAGGAAGAUUUCAGAAUAAAUGUAUUCUUCGUUAUAUUGGAUAAAUUGAAAGCUGAACUUGUAAGACGUGGCAGUUCGUAUAAAGAUUUAUGUGUCAAGUUUGAUUUUCUUACGAAUAUAUGUAGUUUUGACGAGGAAAUUAUUUUUAAAAAAACUAGGGCACUUAUAGAACAAUAUCCUAAUGAUAUUGAAGAAUCAUUUACAAAUGAAUGUCUUCAUUUGCGUGAUCAUCUUUUUUUUAAAUCGGACAAAAAAAGAAGCGCUCAAGAACUUUGUCAGAUGUUGUAUACAGAUGAAUUAAUAGAUAUUUACCCAAACGUCACAACAGCGUUACGUAUGUAUUUGUGCACGUUUGCAACAAAUUGUACAGCAGAGCGGUCAUUUUCAGCAUUAAAAAGAGUAAAAUCGCAUCUUCGUUCAACUUUGGAGUCAGAUAGAUUAAAUGCGACAUCAAUACUACAUAUAGAAUCUGAGAUGCUUCGAAGUAUAAAUUAUGAUGAUAUUAUCGACGAUUUCGCGACUAAAAAAGUUCGUCGUAAAAUGUUAUAG